ACGUAUCAGGGCAGUGAAAAGUUGAUGUGAGCAAAGCAUGUAAACAGAGCAACUUCUUGUUUAGUUUCACCUAACUAAAACGUAAUUCGCCCGCCGAAGGGAGAGAGGAUUAACGAUGGACGUGUUCGGUUUGUCUAAUCAUGUCACGACUUUGGUGCUCGUGGCUAUUCUUAUUUUAACCAUCUAUCUGUUUGGAAGAAGAAACUUUUCAUAUUUCAAGGAACUCGGUAUUACUGGUCCCUCGCCAGUUUCUCACUUAGGAAACUUGAUAGAAAUUCAGAAAAAGGGAUUCACUUCUGUGUUCAGAUACUGGCGAGGAAUUUAUGGUGAUGUAUACGGGGUAUUUCUUGGAGUAAACCCAGCUAUUGUUAUAUCCGAUCCAGAAUUUAUCCAAGAAGUUUUAAUUAAAAAAUUUUCAAAUUUUACCAAUCGAACUCCGUUUAUAGGAGAUGAAAUCAGUAAUCUUGGAGUUGCAUCGGCCAAAGAUGACCAUUGGAAAUAUCUACGAACUGUAUUGGCUCCUUCUUAUAGCUCUCAUCAAAUGAGAGCAAUGAACACAAUGAUUCAAACAUGUGCUGAUACGUUGACGGAAAACAUAGGGAAGAUGGCAGAAAGUGGAACAGGCAAAGAAGUUAAAAAAUUGUUCUCUGCCUAUACGAUGGAUGUCAUAGCUGCCACAGGAUUUGGAAUAAUGGUGGACUCACAGAAGGAUCCAAAUCAUCCGCUGGUUGAAAAGGCCAAAGAUAUAUUCAGAUUUGGUGUCUUCAAUCCAGCUGUCUUGUUGUCGUUUCUUCUGCCAUCUGCAAUAAAAUUCAUAGAAAAAUCUGGAUUAUCAAAAUCUGUUUUGGGAAACCAAAUAUAUUUCAGGAAGUUUUGCAGACAACUGAUACAACAACGAAAAGAAAUUGGAAUUAAUGAGAAUAUGCAUAAAAACCUUUUAAAUCUUAUGAUAAAGGCUCAGUUGAAGGGGCAUGAGAAAUUGGACCCAGAAGAUGAGAAGGAACUUCAUUUGGAAAAUAUAACUGACUGGCGAACAAAAAGAGGAAUUACCGACGAUGAAAUCUUGGCACAGUGUGUUAUAUUUUUCUUAGCUGGUUACGAAACUGUUGCGGCUACUAUGACAUUCUUCACGCAUUUAAUGACGACCCACCCUGAAAUACAGCAGAAAUUGUAUGAAGAGAUUGUAGAAGUAUUGGGAGAGGAUCUUCCCGAUUACGACAAUGUCCAGAAGUUACGUUACCUCGAAAUGUGCUUGGUUGAAACACUUAGAAUGUAUCCGAUUGGACCUGCAUUGGAUCGUCAGUGCAAUAAAGCAUGCACAAUAAAAGGUGUAAAAAUUCCCGAAAAAUUGACUGUCAGAAUCGCCGUGGAUGCUCUACAUUAUGACCCGAAAUACUAUCCGGAACCGGAGAAAUUUAUUCCAGAAAGAUUCAGCGAAGAAGCAAAAUCUAAGCAAAUACCGUUUACCUACUUACCAUAUGGUGCAGGACCAAGGGUGUGUCUUGGAAUAAGAAUGGUCAAGCUGGAGUUCAAGGUAGCAGUUGUCCAAAUGAUUCGGAAUUUCAAAAUUCUUCCUACAGAGAAAACGGAAAACCCUCUUAUAUUGGCCGAGAUUUUCUUCUUGUCUGCUAAAAACGGUGUUUGGGUGAAGUUUGAACGAAGAUAAAAGGCUCAAUGUACAUCUGUAUCAAAUCAACCUUGUAAAAUUACAUGUGAAUUGAUGAAUAAAAGAACAAACUAUGAAUGUAACAAAUGUAACACAGUGUUUAUAAACCAUUGUAGCAA